AUGAACAAUGCCAAAGACAACACCGCCGUCUUGAUAGACGCCGACAACGUAUCCAACAAACUCAUCGCAGGCCUCCUCGCAGAAGUCGCCAACUAUGGCACCGCAGCCUUUGCAUACACGACCGGCAAGAACGCCACCGAUGGCGCGAUGAUCAUCGACGCCAUGGAUCUACUGUAUACUGGCAGAUUCGCGAGCUUCUGCAUCGUGUCGAGCGACAGCGAUUUCACGCGUCUCGCUGCUAGGAUUCGCGAGCAGGGUGUUACGGUGUAUGGGUUCGGCAAUCGACAUAAUACGCAUCGAGCUUUUGUUGCUGCGUGUAAUGAGUUCAUCUAUCUUGAUGCAUUGCAGAUGCAACCAGACGAGCCUACCAGUCUUGCCACGCCGUCCCCUCCAACGCCUUCCAGACCUCCACCAGGCUCUUCGACGACGCAACAGUAUGAGCAACCUCCGAGUACGCCACAACGCCUGCCAGUCAGACCGAAAGUGGCAUAUCAGGACAUUCCGCUGCGCAGAGAGCCAUUCCCGAGACAGCUGGACAGGGCAGCGAUGGAUGGACUCAAGACAGCCAUUAGCAGUUGUGCUUUCUACGAAGAAGACUAUGCAAACCUGGCGGAGGUCGGCCUAAAGCUCGUCAAAGUCUCACCAGACCUGAAUGCAAGGAACUAUGGAUAUCCGCGUCUUAGCGUUUUCGUCAAGGCUUCUGGGAUUGUUGACUUGAAGAUGAAGUCGAGAGAGGUUGGGGCGCCGAUUGCGCUUGUACGGCUUAAAGAGUGA